GACGACACAAAGGAGCAGCGCGGCAUGGCUCAGCAGCAGCGAUUUAUCUUCAUCUUCUCGACCGCUUCGGGACACACCAAUCCUUCCUUCCCAAUCGCUCGUCACCUCGUCAAGCGCGGACACAGCGUGACGUACCUCUCGUCGAGCAAUUUCCGAGCAGCCAUCGAGGCGACUGGAGCGGUUUUUGUCGACGAAGCCACGGUCCUGACAGAAUUCUUCCAGGCCGCCGACAACUAUUCGGCGGCAUCCCAGGCGUUGAUGGCGGAGUUUGGGUGCGAAUCGAUGCCGUUCCACCUGCAGAACCUCAAGCUUGGCAACGUCAGAAUCGAGCGGCAGCUGCCCGGUCUUCUGCGCUUUCUGAACGAGGGCGCGUACGAUGCGGUGGUGUACGACCCUCUGAUGCUGCCCUCCGCCACCCACGCGUGCAGCCUCCUCAGCAUUCCAGCUGCGGGUCUGUUCACGGUCGCUGGCCCAGGCGCCAUCGAGGCGUUCCUCAGCGACGCGGUCAGCAAGGCGGGCAUCGGCCUGGAGGACCUCGACCGAGCCUACUUUGAGGACGAGGUCAACACGGCUGCCAUGCUGCGGCUGCGCGAGCGCUACCCAGGGAUCGCGCUGCCAAAGGAGCGCCCCUUCUCGCUGCCGGUGAACAACUGCUACCUCGGAGGGCCCAAGGCGGCGACGCUGGUGACAACGAUUGAACCGCUGUGCGACGCGGUGAGCGAGCGGACGGCGUCAGCGCUCGAUGAGGCCAAAGUGACCUUCUUCCACAUUGGUCCCAGCCUGGACGUCGAGGGCGCGGCUCGCGCAGGCGGCUUCGUCUUUAGCAAGAAGGAGGAGCAGGUCGCACCGCCAACGCUGCACCGGCACCGGUCGGACGUGCAAGACACCGGCGACUCGGCCCUCGCCGCCGUGAGGCAGGCCAAGGAGUUGGGCGUCCCGGUGGUGUACGUCAGCCUUGGAACCGUCCUGACCUCGGACCUGCCCACGGUUGGCUGGGAAAGCCGCGAGGCGGACGGCGAGGGCAAGGCCUUUGGCAUCACCGGCAAGCAACUGGUGCAGAGCGUCUUUCGCGCGGCCUUCGACGAGUUUGGUGCGCCCGAGGUUGCGGAGGCGGGGCGAGGCAGCUUUACCGAGGCGUGCAGCAAUGGCGCGCCGCUGAUCGUGUGUAGCACCGGCCCGCAGCCAGACGCGCUCGACGGGCUGGCCGUCCCUCCGAACGCCGUUUGCCGCAGUUACAUCGCGCAGGUCGACCUCCUCUCCUCGGGCGCUGUGAGCAUGUUCGUGACGCACGGCGGCCAGAACUCCUUCACCGAGAGUAUGGCCAAGGGCGUCCCCCUGGUCGUCGUUCCCGGAUUUGGCGACCAGCCCGUGAAUGGCCGCAAGGCCGAGAGCUUGGGCUUGGGCCUCGCUGUCCCGCGCCCCAAGGAGGACGGAGACGCCGUCCUUUCCGAGUACGUGCGCGACCUGCGCCAGGCGAUGCGCGGCGUGCUUGAGGGCGACUCGUACCGCGCAAAGGCGCGGGAGAUGGCGGAGGCCAUUCGCGGCGCGGGCGGGGCGGAGAGGGCGGCGGAGAUUGUGAUUGGCCUCGCCGAGGCUGGGCGAGGCCGUCCCCACUGAUUAGUUUGAUCGUACAGGGGGCGCUGAACGCGCUGUGGCGGGAGAACCGGCCCCACCGCAUGCGGGCGGCUCGCUGGCGUCUGGGGCACGGUGUCGUGACUCUCUCUCCUCGCUCGAUCUGCGUGCUUUUGCGCUGUGGCUCACGACGCGGCAACGCGAUGGGACGCUGCGUCGAGCGUGGCGCGUUGUGGCGUUCUCGUCUCGGUUCUCAGAACGAUUCUCAGAACCGGCAGAAUGGUUUGUAGAAGGGCGGCGCGGUGGCGAGCGAGCAAGCGCCACGCCGCGCAGCCCGGACUACGCUCGAUCUGCGUGCUUUUGCGCUGUGGCCGGACACACUGACCAUAUGAUAUCGGUCACCCAUUGCAAAAGUUGGAGCGAAAGAAAUGUGGUAUUUCUCACGCUCUGUGGGUCGGUAAAAAGUAGCGACACCC